GAGUUUGGCGACGACCUUAUCAGCAUGACAUCAAACGAUAGGGGAAGCAAUUUCGACUUCCUUUGGAAUGGAUCAGAGAAACAAUGGAAACAAGCUCUGUCAACGCCAUUUGUCCAAGGUGUUAAGGAUGGAUCACUCGAUGCGAUUGAGUUUGUUCGGUAUGUUGUCCAAGACUCUAUAUACCUACAAAAGAUGUAUGAAGUCAUCAAGAAGGCAGCAAGCAAAGCAGAGGAAGGAGCAAUGAAAGAUUUUCUCAAACUCGUGACCACUAAGUUCAAGGGGCAUUACGAAGCUGCAUUCAACAGAUUGCACAUCAAUAAUUCUUCUGCAAUCAAGCUAGACAGUGCAUGCCAGGCCUACAUAGACUUUGUAGAAAAUGCAGCCCAAAACAUGGAUACAAUCUAUUUCCUUGUGUCAAUGAGCCCAUGUCUAAAGCUGUGGGCCUGGCUGGGAACCCAAAUUGGGACAAAUCAUGGAGCAUACAACCAAUGGGUCGCGAGCAACUUUGUCAGCGGAAGUACUCUGGCGGGUAUAAUAGAAUUCAUUGACAAGGAAGGGGAAAAGUUCGAUCGCACCAAAGCCAUGGAGGUUUUCAAAACAGGCAUGGAGCAUGAAAUCAAUUUCUUCAAUUCAGUUGGAAAGCAGUGAUAUUCCUUGGAACUGAUUCCCUUUAUAUCUCAGAGUGAUCGCUGUUUUAGGUUCUCUGAAGUUUUAACUGUUUUAAAGUUGCACAUAUAUCGACUGUUUACUUUGCCUUAGUGACUGGUGAUUUGUCCAUAUUUACUUUUGUUUUAUAUUUUAAACGCUUUCGUGGUUAUUCUCUUCUUUUCUUAAUGGAUCUGCGUUGAUGAACGUAAGACACACACACGAGUGAUUUUACCUAAUAAGUCUAGUACACGUAAGGAACUUGCAUGGAAAAAUAUGAAUUCGAUUGCACCACACAGCUGUUUUGUACCUCUAGUAGUCAUCAUUGAUGCCAGUAUUCGCAAAAGGUGGACAAUUCAAUGGUCUUAUCAAAAGUUGAAACAGAAGAGGAGGUGUGAAGAUAUGAACUUAAACCCCUAACGUACACAAAUUACAAAAGUUGAAGAAGUGUAUACAUUUUGAUCCAUGCAUUCCUAAAAAGAUAUAAGUUUGGUUAUCGCAAAAACGGGUUACCGCGGUAGAGUCCGCCAGCAGAGUACAAUGCCUUGUGUCUCGAAUGAAGAACGUACGACCGAUUCAGUUUAAGACGACUUUCAUUCUUUACAUUUUCUAUACGCUUGUGUUUAUACAUUAAAAAAUCUUGUGAUGUACGUGAUGAGGUAUUUCAUUCUGGAACCGUAAUUUGUAAGUUUAGUUUUUAAAUUUUUAUUUAAAGUUCUUGCAGACACUAGGGUCAUAUGGAGA